UUCGUACUCUAUACUUGAAAUAACAAUGUAUAACGUAAGUUGUUGGCAACUUUCUUUUCUGGAAAGGCUUAUGAAAGGCUGAGUGAGUUUCUAAACUGGAAGUUGCGUCAUACUUCUUCAAGUAAUGCAAAAUUGACUACCAUAUUUUUACAUUAUUGUCGACUACUCAGCCACUAAAGAGUACCAUAGCAGCUAAAAAGUGAAAGAAAAACACCCUUAUCGCAAGUUGUAUUGUAAAGUGAAAUCUGAGACAAAAAAAGACCGUCAGUGCAAGGUAAAAUCUGGUUGGAAUCAAGCGAUUGGUUGAAUUUUGUCUAGUAAGCAGCAGGUAAAAAUGAAGUCUGUCCACUCUUUCCUCUGUUGUAAGAAGUGACAUGAACAGAUUAUCUUGUCGAAGGUGCUCGACUAACUUAUUUUGGAUCAUCAUCUAUAGUGUUUUCAUUGGUUACGUGAUUUACGCCAAUUACUACGGCGAAGCCCCAGAGGAGCUCGUUGAGACAAUAAAAGAAUUUAAUCAAACCCGAACAACAUAAUGAAUGCUCAUCAGCCAUUAUUCAUAGUGGUAUAUUUAAGCUUCGUUCUCCUGGCCUUGGCGCAAGCGGGUAAAUUCAGGCGCUUCCAAGAAGAGAUCAUCCAAGACGACCUCGAAAUCGAAGACGUUCUGAGGAACCGAGCUCUGCGAGUGAAGCAAGUUUGUAACAAAUACUCGGACAUCUCCUUACCGGAAAGCUUUGACAAGCGAUUGAAUAAGUUCCAUUUGCACUACCAAAAUGAGAAGCAAAUGCCCAUUGGCGAUAGUGUCGCCUUCGAUGGGUUCAAUCCGAAGUGGCAGCUUUGCGCUCCAAGACAAGUUUUGAAUCCGGAGAGCCUCGAAAAAUUCAAGGCUACCCUUGACUUAGAGUUCCCGAGCAAGAUCAAAGGAAAUUUGAACGACACAAAGUUGAUAAAAAAGCGCAUGAAAAUGUUCGUCGUGUCACAUCCAUUGGAACGAUUGGUGAGAUCAUUUGUUGCCCUGACCAAAGUGGAAAAUGACGUGAUCUUGGAAAAAGUUAAAAAGACGUAUGGAAAAUUUACGUUUAAGGAAUUUGUUGACUUUCUGGUACAUGGAGGCAAAAAAUUCUCGGGCUACGCUGAAUUUUAUAGCCAAUGGCCGUUAACAUCGUUGUGGACGCCAUUUUACCAGAAUUGUCCGGCUUGUAACCCAGAUUUGUUUCCCGACUUUGUUUUGAAAACUGGUGAGGAUUUGGAAACCGAAUAUGAAGUGUUGCAAGAAAUUGUGGGAUUGGAAGAUAUCGAUGCUCCCAAGGCAGAUGCUGUUUCAGAUACCACGCUCAAGAUGAUGUAUUCGCAGAUCACCAAAGAUGAUCUAGAUGGCCUUUGUGAUAUCUACAGGGUUGACAUGGAGAUGUAUCAAUUUUCACCCGCGAAAUUCUACUCCAUCGUUCAAUAAGAACCUGAAACCCGGAUGAUCAAUGCGGAUUGCAUGUCCAUAUUGAUCCUGUUCAGUACCAUCGAAUUAAAUAUAACCGCACUAGCUGCCA